UGGCCCGACCCGUUUGCAGCGCUCCAAGAACUUGGAGGUGCUUCCCACCAAAACUUCGGCGGCGGCGUCGAAAGCCCGCGGCCAUUUCCCAUCACCACCGGUUGAAAAAGGAUUACAAACAGUUCCCGGCUUUGGUUCAACGAAGGACGAGCCUGGAGAAGAACUAGAGCCUCUUUUCGAUUACAGCCGCGUCCAGCCAGCGGAUUUCCCCUACUUCGACGAUGACGACUUGGAUUCCGUUCCAAUUUUUCCUGGGAUGAAGCGGAAGAAGACAGCUGAUCGCACAGAUGGAAAGGUGAAGGAGAGCCGAAAGGAUGUGGUUGUUUUAGAUGAUGAUGAUGAGAAGGGUGGAAAGGAGAGAGAAGAAGAGGAUUGGUUGCCUCCUUCGCCGCAGAGGAUCCCCAGUUCAGGAUUGGCAUUGCAGGAGGAUAAGACUCUUCGGGAGCUGAGAUUACAGAAGCAGGAGUUGGCAUCAUUAGCUCAAUCAGCUCAGGAUGUGUUGAGAGCAGUAAUGGAGUCUGCCAAAACAGAACUUAGUAGUUCUGGAAAACCUUUUCCAGAAGUCAAAGCGAGUCAACCAUCAAAACCACAAGUUGAAAGGAAAAAAAUUAUUAUAUCUAUUCAGGGCAAGGAUGGACAAAAGCAGUUCCGCGUGUAUUCGGAUGACAAGUUUGAGAGGCUCUUUAAGAUGUAUGCUGAGAAGGCUCAGCUCAAGCUAGAAAACUUGGUCUUUUGUUUUGAUGGGGAUAAAGUCAGUCCCGCAGAAACACCAGAAGGCCUUGGCUUGGAGAACGAUGACAUGCUUGAAGUUUAUGUGAAGUCACAUUAGAGUUUUAAAAUUUGCCUGUAACAAGUUGCUUCCCUAUUUUGCAAUGUAGAUGUCAUGCUAACUUGGAAAAUUUUUGGGGUCACAGUCCCCCAAAUUUAGUGUUGAAUUUUGGGGUUUUUGUCCUCUUUCUUUUCUUUUUGGGUAUAAUAUCUUUUGUAUAUCAAUGACAAUGAUAGGAAAAAAAUUGGAACAGUGUUUAUUGAAAUGGCAGUUAAUAUUUUCGUUUUGUGAAGCAAAAAAGAA